AUGGCGUCCCGGCUGAUCCUUUACUCGCUUGCCGCGCUGGCUUCUGCGAACCCCAUCCACCCUAGUGGCGAAGAGCGGCAAGCCCGUCGACACUUAGGAGGCGUCGGUCACCUCGCCCGCGCCGUCUUAUCUCCUCAGCAGCCUCGUUCUGCCCCUGUCGGCGGCCCGGCCAAGGUCGAGAUCCGAUAUGCCAGCUCCAGUGGCCCUGGUGAAAACGGAACCUGUGACGACACAUCCGGAAGCGGUGGUGGAAACGUUGGGUCUAACGCCGAGAAGUCAAAAGACAAGACUAUCACGGGAUCUUUUGAUGGCGGCAUGAAACUGUUCGACCGUGUUCCCAGUACAUGCACAGGCGGCGAGGGUGGCCAGAAGGACGCGGCUUUUAUUCUUGCGGAUGGUGCCACUCUCAGCAAUGUUAUCAUCGGCGGUGGCGCCGGUGAGGGUAUUCAGUGCCAGGGCAGCUGCAACUUGGUCAACGUCUGGUGGGAUAAGGUUUGCGAAGACGGUGCGACCUUCCGCCAAACGGGUGGCACAUCCACGGUCAAGGGUGGCGGCGCCCGUGACGCCAGCGACAAGCUCUUCCAGCACAACGGUGGCGGCACGCUUGAGGUCUCUGACUUUUACGGCGUCAACAUCGGUCAGUUCUGGCGCUCGUGCGGAAACUGCAAAGAACAGACGGCCCGCACGGCCGUCUUCAACAACAUCUACGUUGACGGCGGUAAGACUAUUGCCCACUACAACGGCAACCUCGGUGAUAAGGUCACCAUCAACGGCGCCUGCAUCCUCGGCGGCGCCGAAGUGUGCAAGAAUUCCAAGGGCGUCACUGGCGGUGGUGAACCCGGCGAUGCCCCCAACGAUCCCACCCUUUGCAGCGAAACCAAUGUCAAGACUUCUGGCUGCUAA